AUGGACGGCCAACCACAAAUUGAUAUCAGCAAACUCAGUGCAACUGAUCGCAAUGAAUUGAACCAGUUCUUGCAAAACGAGACUCAAAAGUCGACUAUUCAGCAGACUGUCCACCACCUCUCCGAAAUGUGCUUCAAGAAAUGCAUCACCGGAAAGAUUUCUUCCAACAAGCUCGAUCGAACCGAGGAAUCGUGCGCACAGAACUGUGUCGAUAGAUGGAUGGAUGCGAACUUCGCUAUUUACAAGCAUUGGGAGACUCUUCGUGGGGGACAAUAA